AUGUCUUUUGCUCUGCCCGCACGCCAAGUCAAUUUCGCGUCGAGGACGCACAUUACUCCUCAACAGCAGCAACAGUAUCAGCAGUACCAGGCCCAGCAGCAGGCCCAGCAGCAGGCAAAUGCGCUCGCACUUCCGUCGGGUAGCUCAUAUCUAGCGUCGGCAAACGCGAACGCGCCGUCGCGUCCUUCCCCGCUCUCCAAUCCCCCAUAUCAACCUCAGCAAUCUCAGGUCCAGGCUCAGCCACCCGCAUUGAAGUCACAAACACCACCGACCACGAACAAUGCUAUCGCUGGCCCAUCCACUCCCGCUGCCACCCCUGCCACCCCCGCGCCGCUCACUCUUGAACAGCAGCACAUCACUGCCGUCGAGGGCAUCGUCCCUACGCUGCAAAAUAUCGUCGCCACCGUCAACCUCGACUGUCGUCUUGACCUGAAGACGAUAGCCCUCCAUGCGCGAAAUGCUGAAUAUAAUCCUAAGCGUUUUGCAGCCGUCAUCAUGCGUAUCCGAGACCCAAAGACGACUGCCCUCAUUUUCGCAUCCGGCAAGAUGGUCGUCACCGGUGCGAAGUCGGAGGACGACUCUCGGCUUGCAUCGCGGAAAUACGCCCGAAUCGUACAGAAACUCGGCUUCGACGCCAAGUUCUCCGAGUUCAAGAUUCAGAACAUCGUCGGCAGUUGUGACGUCAAGUUUCCCAUCCGUCUAGAGGGUCUUGCGUACAGUCACGGACAGUUCAGCAGUUAUGAGCCGGAGUUGUUCCCGGGUCUCAUCUACCGCAUGAUCAAGCCGAAAGUCGUCCUUCUCAUCUUCGUAUCGGGGAAGAUCGUUCUUACUGGUGCCAAGGUCAGUACUGUUACAUCAUAUCCCUUUCUAAGCCGCCGUCCCUGCCGCGAAGGCUACCACUGGCCUUUGGGGUACACGGUGUGGCGGAGGCGGUGA